AUGCGCAAGCCGCCGCAGCAGCAGCAACAGCAGCAACAGCAGCAACAGCAGCAACAGCAGCAACAGCAGCAGCCCGGCAACCCAGCAUCCGACGCACCGCUUGCAGCGCCGGCUGCGAGCGCCCAACCUGGCGCACGCGGCGACUUCCGGCCGCGGCCCCGGCGCCCGCCCGGCGAAGAACCAGGCGCCACGACUGCGGCUGAAGAGGAGCAUCGGGAUGAUGGCAAGGGCCCGGCCCAGGAGCAGCCGGCGCAAAAGCAAUCCCAGGUGCAAUCCCAGGUGCAGAAGCGCGCCAAGCAGCCGCAAGCCGAGACUGAAAGCACCCAGGACGCCCCAGAGGGCCACCCCGCCUCUCCUGACGCAGGCCCCGCCACAGCCGGGUCCGUCGGGGCCAAGAAGGCGGCGGCGGGCAAGGAGGCGGCGGGCGAGGCCGCGGCAGCCGCCAACCAGACGGUGCCGGCGGCCGCCGCGGCCGAGCCCGACGCCGGCGCGCCGGCGGGCGCCGCCGGCGCAACUCCACAGCCGCAGGACCCCCAGGGGGAUGGCCCCGCGCCUGCGCCCGCCGCCCUCGAGGCGACGGCGGCGGCGGCGGAGGUCUCGGCCACAAAGGUGGCGGGCACCGCCCCGGAUUUGGCCAAUCCCAGGGGCCAGAUUUCAAAGGACCUGGAUGCAGGCAACAGCGAGGCGGGCGCGGAUGAAGGCGCUGCCGAGACCGCAGGGCGGGCGGCCGGCAAGGACACCCCACCCACGGGGCCCAGCGGCGGCGGCGGGAACGGUGGGGUGGCGGCGCCGCCGCCGCCACUGCCGGCGACGGCGGCUGUGCAGAGAGCGAAGGGCGCCGCCAAUGCUGCCGACACGGGAGCUGUCGCGGCGCCGCACGCGCCACCAACCAAAGGCGGAGCGGGCGAGGGCCCCGGCACGGAAGCGGGGGCGGGUGGUUCGGCGGAGGGGGGUGCAGCUACAGCAGGCGGCAGUGAGGAGGGCGCACAGGAGGCCGCGAAGGGCGCGGCCAACUCGACAGCAGCAGGGGCGGGCCCGCAGCCGAGCGCCAGCCCUCCCCCACUCACGCCCGCUGCGGCGGCGGCCGCGCCGGCAUCGGAGGCGCCGCCAGUGGGACCCGCAGGCGGCGCUGUGGCGACACACGAUCACGUGAUGACUGAUCACGACGACGACGAUGAGUCGCACUCGGCCGGCCACGGUGACUCAGCAGCUGACGAGGACGGCGCCGCCCCUGUCAAGCAGCCGCAGGCCCCUGAGCCCACCACACCCGCCCCCCAGCCUGCGGCGGGGGCUGCAGCGGCGGCCGAAGGGGCGUCUGGGAGCGAGGAAGUGGCAGGCGGCGGGGCGGCGGCGGCAGGGGCGCAGCCGCUGGAGGGGGACGGCGGCGGGCCCGCCAGCGACGACGCGGGUAGCGCACACAGCAACGCCGCGGCGAAAUCUGGGGGCAGCGGCGCCGCGGCCGAGCCUCCUUCGGCGGCGCCUCCGCCGCCCAAGCCGGCGAACGUCGCAAGCCAGGACGCCGCUGGCGGGGGCGCUGGCGCUGCGGAGGAGGCGGAUGCGGCGGCGGCGGCCCAGUCGGCGGCGCUGGCGGGUGCGGCGACUGACCCUUUCGAGCAGCUGGCGCAGCUGCCCAUGAGCUCGCAGCAGGUGGCGGAAGAAGCGGCCGCCGCCGAGGCCGCGGCGCAGGCGGCGAAGGCCUCCCUCGCGGACGCUGCAGAGGGUCGCGCAGCGGCAGGCGGCGCGGCGGGCCGGGCCCAGGAGGAGCCGGACGAGGGGCAGCCGCAGGAGGGUGCGGCCCCCGCGGCUCUGCCUGCUGCCGCGCAGCCGCUGCAGGGCGGAACCGCCGGAACUGCCCAAGAGCAGCAGUUCGACAUUUUUGGGCAGCGGGAUGGAGACCAGCAGCAGCAGCAGGAGCAGCAGCAGGAGCAGCAGCAGGAGCAGCAGCAAGAUCAGCAGAAGGAGCAGCAGAAAGAGCAGGGCGAUGACGGGUCAAACAACAACGACCUUUUGCAGCAGAUCGCACAGUAUGAUCAGCGGCAGGAGCCAGGCGGCAAGGCUGUGCCUGAGGAACAGGAAACUCAACCCGGCCAGGGACAGGAGCAGCAACAGCAGCAGGGGCAGCAGAAGGAGCAGCCGUUGCACCCCAGAAUGGCUGAUGAUUUGCCACAGGUACAGCAGCAGGAGCAGCGGCAGGAGCAGCAGCAGGAGCAGCAGCAGCAGGAACAGCAGAAAUCUGACGACGUCCAGGCCUUGGCCACUCCAGACCUGGGGGCACUGCAGCAGGCGAACGGCAGCGAGCUGGGGCAGGAUGGCGCAGGCGCGCCCGCAGAUAGGCCGGAAGGCCCGGAAAGCGGCGGCGCCGCUGACCCAGGCGGCCGGCGCGGCGACGGAAGCACCGUCGGUGGAUCUACGGGCGCGGCAGCUGCCGAGAAGCUUGCGUCCCGAGGCGCAGAGGGCGCCGCCGCGGAUGACGGCGUCGCCGGCGCGCUGCAGCGCGGGCCGGGGGGCGGCACGGCGCGCGCGGCCAAGUACGUGGGCCUGCUGCUGUUUGUUGUGGUCGUUUGCGGCGCAGCGGCGAUGCUUGGGGCGGGCCACCUUGCGUCUCUUGGCCGCCAGCUGGCGGCGUGGCGCGCCGGCGGCGCCUACAGCCUGCUGGGCAGCGGGGCCGGCGGCGGCUCCAGGCGCGGCGGGGACAGCGGCGGCGGCGGCGGCGGGCUUGGCGGGCGUUUUGGCGGUUCGGGCGUGCGUGGCGGCGGGCGCGCUGGCGGAGGAGGGUUCACCGGCCAAAGCGGCGGCAGCGGCGGCGGCGGCGGCGGCGGCGAUGGCGGUGGCGGCGGCGGCGGCGGCGGCAAGCGGGACGAUUGGGAUAGCUGGAGCGAGGACGACGAAUGGGACGACCCCGAGCUAGGGCGCGCCGGCGGCGACAGAGGCGGCGCGCGCAUGCGCCGCGACUCGUCCGCGUCGCCCUCUGCGGCCGCCACCAGCCCGCGGCCGCGCGCUUGGGGGGCCGGCCGGUUGGCGGGCGCGAAGGCGGGCCCGGGUGCCGAACGCGACUGCAGCUGGGGCUGCGCAUUGACGCACGCGCCAGUGUGCGCCGCGAGCGGGGUGACUUUCCAGAACGCGUGCCUGGCAGAGUGCAGCGGCGCGACCAUCGCGUACAAUGGCGCCUGCGGAUCCCCUCGAACCGGGACCGCGCGCGCGGCGCGCGACAUCGGCGGCGCGCUCGACGCACACCCGAUCGGCAGACUCUUUGCGAAUGUCAACUCCAAAGCGACCGACAACGAGGCCGGCGCUGCCACCGCCGCGCCCGCCGCCGCGCCCGCCGCCGCGGCCGCAGCGGGCGGCGCGGAGCCCACCGGCGGGAGCUUUGGCACGAUGCGCGUGGCCACGCAGGCGCAGCUCACAAUGUUCGCAUCCGAGGGUUACGUGCUCGUGGGCGCCGCGGCGCUCGCGCACGCGCCGCGCCAGCAGGCCGGCAAGCCCGAGGACAGCCCGGACGCCAGGUGCGGUCAGGGCAGAGGGCUCGCGCGCGGCGCGCGCCGCGUGCGGAACGGGAUCACCGGCUGGCCAAUGGAUGUUGCCUACAUGAGUGACAUCGCCGUUGUGGUCCUGGCGCGCAACCUUGGGGCGCUGACAGGGACGAUGGGCUUCAAGUACAACAAGGCAGGGUACAAGGGACGCCUGACGGCCGCUGGCUACCCGGCCCAGACUGUGACUGCUGGGAAGUAUUACCGCCUGGCCGGCCGCUGCGAAGUCUCGGACACAGACGGUGCCGACGGGAAGCUGCUGUUCAAGAUGGCUGGCCAGCAGGGCGGCUGCACGUCUGCAUGCUCAAUCGCUGAGGCUGGGCAGAGCGGCCAGCCGGCCUGGCAAGACGGUGGCGCGGGCGGCCAGGCGUAUAUCAUCGGCGUCCUCUCGCACGGCCCGCCCCCUCGCACCUGCAAAGAGUCAGACGUGUACUGCCAGGUCAAUGAGGUAUCCUAUACCAUGCUGCUCAAGCACCAAAACGCACUGCCAGCAGCACAGUGA